GGCGGCGCAUGCGGCCCGGGGAGGUGGGGGAUGGCCGGACAUGGCGCUGGCGGUCCCGGCGCUCAGGCGGUACCUGCUGCUGCUGGCGCAGGAGCACCUCGAGUUCCGCCUGCCGGAAAUAACAGCUUUGCUUUCCCUUUAUGGUGGACAGUUCAGCGGUGAGCAGGAAAUUCAUGUCAAUUCUCCAUUUUGGAUUCUCAAUAUUCUUUCAGAAGAGAUGGCAAGGGGACUAAUGAAACGGACAGUAUGUGCAAAGUCUAUAUUUGAACUGUGGGGUCAUGGAAGAUCUGCGGAGGAGCUCUAUGCAUCUUUGAAGAACUAUCCAAUGGACAAGAUGCUUCCAUAUCUACAGUCAGACUCUACUUACAAAGUACAUAUUCAUACAUUUAAUAAAACGCUGACCCAAGCACAGAAAAUAAAGAAGAUAGAUGCCCUUGAAUUUUUACCAUUCAAAGGAAAAGUAAAUUUAAAGAAUCCAGAACACAUCUUCUGGAUUUUGGAAGAUUAUGGAAUGGAUCCUAAUAAUGUUCCAGAAGAGCCCUUUCAUCUUUAUUUUGGUAGAUGGAUUGCAGAUGGCCAAAGAGAACUUAUCGAGUCCUACAGUGUAAAAAGGAGACACUUUAUUGGAAAUACGAGCAUGGAUGCCUGCCUGUCUUUCAUUAUGGCGAACCAUGGGAGAGUAAAACCCAAUGAUGUUGUCUAUGAUCCAUUUGUUGGAACAGGUGGCCUUCUAAUCUCCUCAGCACACUUUGGAGCAUAUGUGUGUGGUACUGAUAUAGAUUACAACACCAUCCAUGGAUUAGGCAAGGCAAGCAGAAAGAACCAGAAAUGGAGAGGGCCAGAUGAAAAUAUCAGAGCUAAUCUCCGACAGUAUGGUUUAGAGAAAUAUUACCUUGAUGCACUAGUUUCUGAUUCUUCAAGACCAAUAUGGCGAAAAGGGAUGCUGUUUGAUGCAAUCAUUACAGAUCCACCAUAUGGUAUCAGAGAAGCUACUCGCAGAAUGGGUUCACAAAAGGAAACAGUUAAGUCAACUGAAAGAAGCACAGAAAAUCACAUCUUCGUUUCAUCCAAUUAUCAUCUAAGUGACAUCUUUUUUGACCUGUUGAAGUUUGCAGCAGAAUAUCUGGUGAUGGGAGGAAGAUUAGUUUACUGGCUGCCAAUAUACAGGCCUGAAUACACAGAAGAGAUCAUUCCCCGCCACCCGUGCCUGAAACUUAUUAGCAACUGUGAGCAGAUGCUUUCCAGCCACACAUCAAGGCGCCUGAUAACCAUGGAAAAGGUGAAAGAAUUCAAGAAGUACGUGACUACUGCACAAGAAAAAUUCCUCUGAGCUUCAAUAACUGUAGGAAGUCAUUUUAGUCAUUUGUGUUCCUCUUCUGUUUGUAUCUGCCUUCCACAAACCUCUGAGUGAUUGAAUUCACCAGAUGGUAUUUUUUCUGGAAACUAACCUUUAUAUUUUCCUGUGUAAAAGACUGUGUGGCAUUGUACUCGUACUCUCAUUCAUUUAUUCAGGAGUUGGAUUCUGGUGAUGUUAGCUGAGAUAUUUCCAGUGAUGUAGCACUGUUAAAACUGUCUGGUACUGACAACUUGCAUCAUUUUGCUGUACACAGUAGAAUAAUGAAGAUUUGAAUGAAUGCACAAAAACCCCAACAAAACCCCCUUGUCUGCUUAUAGCUUGUAUUUGUUCAAUGCCAAAUGAGAAUCCAUUGCAUAUGUAUUUUCAUUUAUGUUAAAUGGUAAGACUUUGCAGUAGGAUGUAUAUGUUCUUGUUAAUGGAAAUCCCCGAACCAAAAAUCCCAACCAAAACCCAACAACUUUACUCUUGCCAGUAAUUGUCUGAAAAUGUUUGGAGGAAAACCAAUGGCAAUACAUGCUCAACGUACUACCGUAAAGCCUAAUGCUUGCAUUUUGAUA